UUAAUGUAUUUUGCCAGAAUUCUCAACACGACAGCCUCCAUUAUUUAUUCUUUCUCUCUUCUUCAUUCUUCAUAUAAGUCUACCAGUUUCUGUGUUUUCUUGGUCAAGGCAUAUCUUAUGCACAUUCUCUGAAAACUCUCUAUUUCAUAGCCUUUUUCCCUUCCUUUUUUCCCUACUCACUUAGGGUGGCAGAGGGUUUCUAACUUUCUCUUCUCUUCUGCAGCGCUCUUUUUCUUGUAAAUGCAUUCAAGUUUUCUGGGGUUAUUGUAUCUCAUCUGCUUUCUCGUGUUCUUCACUUUGCUUUGGUUGCAAGUUUUUUUCCUCUGUGGAGGCUUCUUCUUUCAAAGUGUUCAGAAAUGCCUGCACUUGUUAACUACAGUGGAGAUGAUGAAUUCCGUUCAGGUGGUUGUUUGUUCUCUAUUGGUUCUUAUGCGAAUGUGUACUGCCCUCCUUGUAAAAGGGCUCGCAUCUGUUCUCAAUUUGAGUUCAGUGAAACUGAGUUUGAGUGGGAAAAUCAACCUUCACUUGAUGUCCUUCCCGAUGAAUGCCUUUUCGAGAUAUUUAGACGCCUUCCUGGUGGUAAAGAAAGGAGUUCCGCUGCUUGUGUGUCCAAGCGGUGGGUUAUGUUAUUGAGCAGUAUCCGCAAGGCAGAAAUUUGUCAAAGCAAAAGCAACGAUUUGGUGUUGCAAGACAAGGAGGGAGCUGUUUCAGUUUCUGAUGAUGUUGAAAUGAUCCCCUCUAAUGAAGAGGGUGAUGGGUUUCUUACUAGGUGCUUGGAGGGAAAAAAAGCUACAGAUAUAAGACUUGCUGCAAUUGCUGUUGGAACAAGUGGCCAUGGGGGGCUUGGGAAGCUUUCAAUCCGGGGAAGCAACCAUAUUCGUGGUGUCACCAACUUUGGCUUAUCAGCAAUAGCCCGUGGUUGCCUGUCUCUUACAUCUCUGUCCUUGUGGAAUGUUCCAUCUGUUGGGGAUGAAGGUCUUUCAGAGAUAGCGAAAGAAUGCCACUUGUUGGAAAAGUUAGAACUUUGUGAAUGCCCUUCAAUUACCAACAAGGGUUUGAUUGCAAUUGCACAGAGCUGCCCUAAUUUGACUACUCUGAACCUUGAAUCUUGUUCAAAGAUUGGCAAUGAGGGUCUGCUAGCUAUUGGGAAGUUUUGCUCCAAUCUACAAAGCAUCUCUAUCAAGGACUGCCCACUUGUCAGGGAUCAAGGAAUAUCUAGUGUGUUGUCUUCAGCUUCUUCUGUCCUCACUAGAGUCAAGCUUCAGGCCUUGAAAAUCACAGAUUUUUCUCUGGCUGUCAUUGGGCACUAUGGCAAGGCUGUUACUAAUCUUUUCCUCAGUGGUUUGCAACAUGUGAGUGAGAGGGGCUUUUGGGUUAUGGGUAAUGCUCAAGGUUUGCAGAAAUUGGUUUCUUUGACUGUUGCUUCCUGUGGGGGCAUAACAGAUGUGAGUCUUGAAGCCAUUGGAAAGGGCUGUGCAAACCUGAAGCAGAUGUGCCUCCGCAGGUGCUUUCUUGUCUCAGACAAUGGAUUGUUAGCUUUUGCUAAGGCUGCAGGAUCGCUUGAGAGCCUACAAUUGGAGGAGUGUAACAGGGUUAGCCAAUCCGGUAUAGUUGGUGUCCUAUCCAACUGUGCAACAAAGUUGAAGUCACUUACCCUGGUGAAGUGCAUGGGAAUUAAGGAAAUGGCAAUGGAAAGCCCUAUGCCUGUUCCUUGCAAUUCUCUGCGUUCUUUAUCCAUACGAAACUGCUCAGGAUUUGAAAAUGCCAGCUUGGCCAUGCUGGGGAAAUUGUGCCCUCAGCUUCAGCAUGUAGACCUUAGUGGACUAUGUGGGAUAACAGAUCUCGGAAUUCUCCCUCUUAUGGAGAGCUGUGAAGCAGGACUUGUUAAGGUGAAUCUUAGCAGGUGCCUGAAUUUGACAGAUGAAGUAGUUUCGGCCUUGGCUAGGCUACAUGGUGAAACUCUUGAAUUAUUGUGUCUUGACGGUUGCAGGAGGAUUACAGAUACAAGUUUGGUGGCAAUUGCAGACAAUUGUGUGUUUCUCAGUGAUCUAGAUGUGUCAAAGUGUGCAAUCACGGAUUCUGGCGUUGCCAUCCUAUCUCAUGCAGAGAAGCUCAAUUUGCAAGUCCUUUCCUUGUCUGGCUGCUCUGAAGUAUCAAACAAGAGCAUUCCUUCCCUGAAAAAAUUGGGCAAGACUCUAGUGGGAUUGAAUCUCCAAAACUGCAACUCAAUUAGCAGCAGCUUAGUUACCAGACUUGUGGAAACUUUGUGGAGAUGCGAUAUCCUCUCAUAAUAUGGGAUGGAAAUAGAAUGCCAAUCUAUAAAUCAAAGAAGUGAUCAAAGAAAGCAGUAGAAUUUACAGACGGUUUACAUGGUAGCAGCAUUCAGCAUAGUUUUUGGCUCAUCAGUGGUAAGCCCACUGGCAGUAAUAAAGCGGCAUGGCUCUUUCCUGGGGACUUUGACCGGUCACUACAUCCUUUUUUACAGGCUUUCUUUACACGUGAAAGCUUGUUGUGACUGUUUAACACCCUUUGAUGGGAGGCUGCCUCAUUAAUGGCCAUAAUUCCCAGAUAGAUUUCUUAUCCUACCAAGUCAUGUUUCCUGUUUACUGGACAUUUUAUGCCGAGUGUUUUAGCUUCAGUCAGACAUUCCUAUAGUGAUAUGUUUGGGCUAGCUUUCUUCAUUUUCAGCCUGAUGAAGUCAGCUGUUUGAAUCAGUCCAUGGUAGUUUCAGAGUUCCUUUUUAGGAGUUGGGAUCUUCAGCCCCACAGCGUUUGGUUUGCUUUGGCAGUUCUAUGUAUGGGUGCCUUAGUUUUGUGUUCUUGGUCUGACAUGACAAUGUUUGUUUUUGGCCGGUUUUUUUAACCAAGUCAAAACUUUUGCCGGCGUAAUUGUAAACUGCAAACAAUAAAAUUAUGUACUUUCAA